CGGAAAGAGACUCAAAUAAGGAUUUUUUUUUAUCGAGCUGUAUCGACUCAUAACGCGCACUUUUGUUUCAUUUUCUAACGAUUUGUUGAGGAAUUCGACAGAAGGAACUUUUCGCUUCUGUGGAGUUUGGAGAGCCGUGUUCGUCGGAUAUGGACAGUCGGCGACCCGCUGCAGGGAGCGACUGGCCGGUGUUCACUCAGUAGUCGCAGGAAUAAAAUUGUAAACUCGCCGUCUGGGACUUUUUACUGGAUGUUUGAUGAAGCGCUUCGACAUUUCGGUCAAUUCUGGCACACCGUGGAUUUACCAGGUUCAGAGACGGAUAGAUAUUCGUGAUAACCGGUCGACGACGAGGAGGAUUUACGCUUCUAAAGUUGCAGGAAAAACAUGGAGACUGUAAGUCGGCAAAGCUUCCAGCCUCAUCCGGGACUGCAACAAACUCUCAAGCAGUUUCACCUCAGCUCUAUGAGCUCUCUGGGCGGACCGGCGGCUUUCUCUGCCCGGUGGCAACAUGAGCUCCUCUUCAAGAAGGACGGUAAGGAGCCGGAGCCGGUUCUGCAGCAUCUGCCGCCACCGGUAAUGCCGGGCCCGCUGUUCAUCCCGUCGGACCGCUCCACGGAGAGGUGCGAGACUGUGCUGGAAGGCGAGACCAUCUCGUGCUUCGUGGUCGGCGGGGAGAAGCGACUGUGCCUGCCGCAGAUCCUCAACACGGUGCUGCGGGACUUCACCCUGCAACAGAUCAACUCCGUGUGCGACGAGCUGCACAUCUACUGCUCCCGGUGCACGGCGGACCAGCUGGAGAUCCUCAAAGUCAUGGGGAUCCUGCCCUUCUCGGCGCCGUCCUGCGGCCUCAUCACCAAGACGGACGCUGAGCGGCUCUGCAACGCCCUGAUCUACGGAGGCGCCUACCCGCCGCGGUGCAAGAAGGAGCUGAGCGGAGGCUCGCUGGAGCUGGAGCUCACCGAGGGGAGCUUCAAAGUCUACCACGAGUGCUUCGGUAAGUGCAAGGGCUUGUUCGUGCCGGAGCUGUACACCAGCCCCAACGCAGCGUGCAUCCAGUGCAUGGACUGCAGACUCAUGUAUCCGACCCACAAGUUCGUGGUGCACAGUCACAAGGCGCAGGAGAACAGGACUUGCCACUGGGGCUUCGACUCGGCAAACUGGAGGGCGUACAUCCUCCUGGGCCAGGAUUACACGGGGAAAGAGGAGAAGGCCCGUCUGGAGCAGCUCCUGGACGAGAUCAAGGAGAAAUUUGAUUUCGCCAACAAGUACAAGAGGAAAGCUUCAUCCAGGCCCUCAGAUCCCACCCCGAUCAAAAAGUCCAAACAUGACGACUUCCCAUCGCAGUCCCCGCUGGCCGACAAAGAGAAGCAGCACGACUGGCUACAGUCCCUGUCCGCCUCCAAUAAGGGGCUUAACUGCAUUCAGCCCAGGCAGAGGCCGUCAGCUUUCAGGCCCUGGUCCCCCCACAUCUCUGCUGGUGAUAAGGAGCCCUCCAGUCACCCCCUGGCCCUGCUGAGAGACAGCUUCUACAACUACAAGAGUCUGGAGAAUGGUGUGGCCCCCAAUGUUGCCCUCACACCACUACCCCUGGGGAAGGUGGGUCCCAUGUCCCCAUCAGUACCCAGCACCUCCCACCCAAGUGGAGGUGAACCCCCGGGUGAAGGAGCAAACUCCAGGCCUCGAAAGAGAAGAGCCACAGGGGAGCUCCAGCCGCCGCCAUCAGAGGCCCCCUGCCCUCCGUCCUUCACUGCCAGCAAGCUGCCGCUGCCUCAGGAUGACAAGGACUCUGAGGUGGAGAUCGAAGUGGAGAGCCGGGACGAACUCACUUCGUCCCUGUCCUCCCUGUCGUCACCAUCUUUCACCUCAUCCAGCAGCUCAGCCAAGGACUUGGGCUCGCCAUGCGCCCAAGGGCCCAUUUGCACUGUCACGUCAGCCGAGGCCACUGUCCCCUCAGCUGCGGCCAUUGCACCCAUCGCGCCCGUCGCAGCCCCCAUCACCCCUCCAGAGCUGGGGCUGGAGUCGGAGCUGGAGAGCCUGAGGCAGGCGCUGGACAACGGUCUCGACUCCAAAGAGUCAAAGGAGAAGUUUCUGCACGAGAUUGUUAAGAUGAGGGUGAAGCAGGAGGAGAAGCUGGGAUCGGCCCUGCAGGCCAAACGCAACCUCCAACAGGAAUUGGAGUUCUUGCGAGUGGCCAAGAAGGAGAAGCUUCGGGAGGCGACUGAGGCGAAGCGAAACCUGAGGAAGGAAAUCGAGCGCCUGCGAGCCGAGAGCGAGAAGAAGAUGAAGGAAGCCAACGAGUCGCGGAUCCGUCUGAAGCGGGAGCUGGAGCAGGCCCGGCAGCUGAGGGUCUGCGACAAGGGCUGCGAGGCUGGACGUCUUCGCGCAAAAUACUCGGCACAGAUCGAGGACCUCCAGAUGAAGCUGCAGCACGCCGAGGCCGACCGCGAGCAGCUUCGAGCCGACCUGCUGCAGGAGCGGGAGGCCAGGGAGCACCUGGAGAGGGUGGUGAAGGAGCUACAGCAGCAACUCUGGCCCAAAUCCAGCAGCGACAAGGACGGGACGCCCAAGGACAUGCUGGCUGAGAACUAACCCAGCAGCUGAACUCACCUCCCCAAUCAUUCAAACCCUGUCGCCAUGAUCCCCCAACAUCAUUUGCCCAACUCAGACCAGAGAACCCAGCACCCAGGAGUCCCGGGCCGGCCACAUCGCACCACUGUCCAUCACGCUCGCCCUCCAGAACACAAAAAUACAAGACUCUCACCUUCGGACCAGAGACAGAGAAGAAACAAGGACCUGUAUCCUCCAUCACGCCCAUGAAAAGUGAAGUGAAUGGAAACAGCAAAAUACAAUUGUGCAGCAAGGAAGCAUGUGUUUCUGAAUCAAGCACUGACUGGCACCUUCCAGACUCACAGAACUUCAGACGGCAUCACGAGAAUGAAAGAAAAAGCAGAUGUAUAGCACAAAAUGUGGUUGUGCCUGUAUUUUCUCUGAUAAGAAAAUAAAGUGAGACUUUUGGACAGACGUCUGUGAUAAUAAAUGCUGAAAGAUGAUCAUAUUCUAUUAGAGUUACACAGCUGUCGAGAGGUGUUGUGACGGUCCAGGAAGAGCAGGGCUCACACUUAACAUACAGUUCCCAAAAACGUCUCCAUCGCCGUCCCUCGCCAUGAUGAUGAGGACCAGGAGGGUUUUGAAGACAUUAUAAGCUAUUUAAGAGACUACAUAGCGAUAUGUUAAAAAAAACAAAAAAAAAACAAAACAAAACAAA